CGUGGGAACGCUUCCGGCAAAAUGAGUUCCCUUUCCAUCCCACCAAACCACGUCGAAAUCGGCGCCGAAAUUUCAGCGUCUCUCACAUGAAGUGAAAUGAAACGCAGAAAACUGCAUCCACCCAAGCAAGAUGCUUUGUUGAUUCUCUCAAGUUCGUCGACCUCUCCGUCGGUAUUCACACCACACAAAGUCCACUCUCCAAAUCUUGUCACGACCCUCAAGUCUACCCUCCCACCUUUAUAUUAAUGAAUUCCAAAUAACUGUUAAUCUCUGUGACACCAGAAACGAUGGCAUCAACCAUGAGAAGGGAGCCGCUGCUGCAGCUUUUGUUCUUUAUUUUGAGUAUAUGUUCACCAAAAAACACGGCUGCUCAGCCGUUAAAGGCAGAAUCAGAAGCGCUUCUCAAGUGGAGAGACAGUCUCCAAGCAGCCCAUGUACUGAAUUCUUCUUGGUCGUUCCUCAACUCUAACUAUGGCCCCUGCCACUGGGAUGGGAUAGCUUGCAGCGGUGACAACACGAGUAUUGUCAAGAUAAGUCUUGAAAACCAGCAUCUUCAAGGUACGCUCGACCAUUUCGACUUUGCUGCCUUCCCAAGUCUUGCAUAUUUGGAUCUUAGAGGUAACAAUUUUUCUGGAAGCAUUCCCAAUGCUAUAGGCAACCUCUCCAAACUUUCCUUUCUUGACAUGUCGGUGAAUCAGUUUUCUGGCAGCUUACCGGAAAGUAUUGCCAAUCUUAAGAACCUUGUUUCUAUAAACAUGUCAUUCAACUCGCUCACGGGUCCUCUCCCUACUUCUAUUGGACAACUACCUAGUCUUGUAAAUUUAACCAUCAGUGACAACCUUCUUACUGGUGCCAUUCCUCAGACGAUAGGAGAGCUUAAAAAUCUCAACUUCUUGGACCUUGAUACGAACUCACUUACAGGUUCAAUUCCAGCCCAAAUUGGAAAUCUGUCCAAUCUGCAACUUUUGUUCCUUGAGUACAAUUUCUUGAGUGGCACCAUUCCACCUGAACUAUGGAAGCUUAGUAAGCUCACUCAAUUAGACUUGACAUCUAACUUUCUUCCAGGUACAAUCCCUCCUUCGAUAGGUAACAUGUCUAAUCUUUACUACUUGGCUUUGAACAAUAAUAGCCUUUCUGGAUCUCUACCUCCGCAGAUGAAUAAUUUCACGAGUCUAGGCUUUUUGUACCUUUCACAAAAUAAUCUCUCUGGUUCUUUACCAUCAGACAUAUGUAAGGGUGGUAAACUCAUCCAAUUUGCUGCUUUCAACAACCAUUUCACUGGACCAAUACCAAAAAGCUUGAGGAAUUGUACAAGCUUGUCUAGACUUAGAUUACAUGGGAACCAACUUAAUGGCAGCAUUUCAGAGGCAUUUGGAUCCUACCCCAACUUGUCCUACAUUGACAUGAGCAACAAUCGAUUAACGGGAGCGCUCUCACAAAACUGGGGCGGAUGCCCUAGACUUGAACACUUGGAUUUCUCUAACAACCACCUCACUGGCAAGAUCCCAAGUUCGAUAUCCCAAAUGGCACAAUUGAUGGAGAUAAAUAUUUCUGCCAAUUAUUUAACUGGAGAGGUUCCAAGAGGAAUAGGGGAACUAUCAUUCUUGCUGAAGAUGGACUUGAGCAACAAUCAAAUUUCAGGGGGCAUACCAUUUGAGAUUGGCAGGUUGACAAAAUUGCAGGAACUGGAUUUAUCAUCCAACAACCUCCAAGGACCAAUACCUGAGGAGCUUGGGAAUUGUGAUGAAUUGAUUCUAUUGAAGGUGAGCAACAACAGCUUAAGCGGAACAAUUCCUUUUCAGAUAGGAAACUUGGCACAGUUGCAGAUACUACUAGAUCUUAGCAAUAACAUGCUAAUGGGGUCGAUACCAGCCCAACUUGGGAAAUUAAAUUAUCUGGAGAGACUCAACCUUUCCCAUAACAAGCUUGUGGGUACAAUCCCAUCAUCUUUGGCAGGAAUGCUUAGUUUGACGUCAGUCGAUUUGUCCUUUAACAAUCUCACGGGGCCUCUUCCAAACAACCCUGCAUUUCUGAAUGCUUCAGCAGAAUCAUUCAUAGGUAACCUUGACUUAUGUGGAGGACUUGCCUUGCAGCCAUGCAAGCCUCCCUCAGUGGGAAAAAGUCAUAUGAAAAGUCAAAAAUUUUUGUCCAUCAUUAUUCCAGUGGUUGCUGUGCUCAUUCUUAUAUUCCUUCUUAUUGGAAUUUACAAAGUUUGGCAAAAAGCAAUGCAGAGGCAUGACAAAAGAAGCAUUCUUGCCGAAACAAACCAUGGAAAGGAUCUAUUUUCUAUAUGGAACUAUGAUGGCAAACUUGCUUAUGAGGAUAUUGUCAGUGCUACAGAGAAUUUCAGUGACGAGUAUGUUAUUGGUAGAGGAGCACAUGGUAGCGUUUAUAGAGUUGAACUACCCACAGAUCAAAUUGUGGCUGUCAAGAAGUUCAAUCGGACUGGUAGUGAUGUGUUAACAGACAUGGACUUCAGAAAUGAGAUUAAAGCAUUGACAGAAGUCCGCCACAGGAACAUAGUCAAGCUCUAUGGAUUCUGUAAGCAUCCUCAAUGCUCAUUCUUGGUGUAUGAAUACAUAGAGAGAGGAAGCUUGGCAAGCAUACUAAGCAGCAACAAAGAGGCUGAAAGUUUAGACUGGGCAAAAAGGGUGAACAUCAUAACUGGUGUUGCCGAUGCUUUGUCAUACAUGCAUCAUGACCAUUCAGUUCCAGUAAUCCAUCGGGACAUCUCUAGCAAGAACAUUUUGUUAUAUCCCGAUUUCAGUGCAUGCAUUUCAGACUUUGGAACAGCUAGACUACUGAACCCAGAUUCAUCAAAUUGGACUGGCCUUGCAGGGACACACGGCUACAUGGCACCAGAGUUGGCAUAUACCAUGAGAGUAACAGAGAAGUGUGAUGUCUACAGCUUUGGGGUGGUAGCUCUUGAAAUUCUGAUGGGAAGGCACCCAGGGGAACUAUUAUCAUCUUUGGUUAUUCUCACAAGGCAAGAACUUGAUGUAAAGCUCAGGGAUAUGCUGGACCAACGAAUAGCAGCUCCAGGGGACCAGCAAGAAGCAGAGAUGGUGGCUGCUGUAGCCAAGCUUGCAGUCAUGUGCAUAGACAUGAAACCGGAAUCACGGCCUACAAUGCGCUCUGUUUCUCUGCAUCUUUCCUCUCCCAGCAGAAAGCAUUAUUUGUUCAAAGCCUUACAAGAGAAUCACUCAAACAGAUACGAUGCAUCAUGAGAAUGUACAAAACCUCAUUGUCCCAUUUGAGUAGGCCGGGUAGCCUCGUCCAGGUGAAUGUUGCAAAAACAGUGAUUACACACUCCCAGAAUUUUACCUCUUCAAAAUCGGGGCAUUUGCCUCUCCAAGUAGGUGUAGUGCUUGAAUUCGAGGAUUUGCAGUAAAUGAUUGAAA